UAAGUUUAACAAUGAAUAGAGCACACACAUUGUUAUUCUUACUAUACGGAUUCUUCUUGCAAUGUGGCGCCCGAAAGAAUGUAUUGUUUAUCAUCGUGGAUGACCUCCGCCCUGACCUCGGCUGCUUCCGGGGCGCCGAUUUCCCGACCCAUGACGAUCCGCCGCCACACACGCCCCACAUGGACGCUCUGGCCGGAAGUUCCCUUCUCGUGCGCCGCGCGUAUGUGCAGCAGGCCGUAUGUAGUCCCAGCAGGACAUCCUUCCUAACAGGCCGGCGACCGGACACCACGCGCGUGUACGACCUGGAGACGCAUUUCCGGUCUGCGGGCGGAAACUUCACCACUCUGCCACAGUACUUUCGGAAUCAUGGCCGCAGGUCUAUCGGCAUCGGCAAGAUCUUUCAUCAGGGCAUUAAAGACCCCCUGUCCUGGUCUGAGCCCGACAUCUACCCCGGCUCUUCCAACUGGGACCGGCAGAAUGCCUCCUGGCAGUUCGUGCCCGAUAAUCUUCUCCAUGCCAAUCCCCUUAUCGACUACAAGAUAGCCCAGAGCGCCACCAAGAAACUUGGCGAGUUCGCAACGGGCGGGAAAUAUGCGCACAUCCCAUUCUUCCUCGCCGUGGGGUUUAUUCGCCCCCACUUGCCGUUUGUCUCGCCGGCAUCCUUCGGUGACCUGUAUCCCUUAAACACUUUGAAACUUCCCAGCAAUAAUAAAGCACCCGUGGGUAUGCCAGAAGUCGCCUGGUUUAAGAGUAAUGAGAUUCGAACACAGUAUGAAGAUAUUCAUAGGUCAAGUUUUACUGGCGAAAUCAACAAUACGAUACCAAACAAUAUUGCACUAGACUUAAGACGGGCUUACUACUCGGCGGUGAGUUGGGUAGACUCCCAGGUAGGUGUAGUUCUAGACGAGCUGAACAGACUGGGCCUCGCAGAUAGCACAGUGAUUUCACUAGUUGGCGACCACGGCUGGCAGCUGGGAGAACACGGCAUCUGGGGGAAAUCUACCAAUUUCGAGCUGGCUACCCAUGCUCCGAUGAUACUGAAGAUUCCCGGUUUAACUGACUCCGGCCUUAGCACCAGGCGUAUUGUGGAGUUUGUGGACCUAUUUCCAACGUUGGUAGAGGCUGUAGGCUUGCCCAAAGUUUCCAUUUGCCCCGAAAAUUCAGCCCAUGUGAGCACAUGUACGGAAGGGGAGAGUUUCAUGCCCCUCGUUCACAACACGUCAGCAGACUGGAAGCAUGUCGCGUUUUCUCAGUACCAGCGGCACCAACACCGAACGAACAUUAUGGGCUACUCGCUCCGCACGGAGCGCUACCGCUACACUGAGUGGCCCGAGUUUUCCUACCAGACUUUCAAACCUGACUGGACCAAGCUGCAUGGUGUAGAACUGUACGAUCACACCGUAGACCCUGACGAGAAUCACAACAGGGCUGACGACACCGCGUAUGCCACGCUGCGGGCAAACCUUAGUUGGCGGUUACAUGCCGGCUGGAGGCACGCCAGUCCGUCCCUACAUCAGGCCGGCCCGGCGUUAGUUGGGUGAAGUAACAAGACAUACUUUUGUGUCCAUCUUGACUUAAAUGUCAUUGUGACUAGGGCUUCAUUAUCACACAAAUUAUUAAAUCAGUUUACCCCAUAAGCUCCUUUUCUACACCACACAGCACUGCAUGAUUCAAAAUUUAACAUUUUAGUCUUUCUCAAAGUAUAUUCCCUUCACAUUCAGAGUUUUAAAUGAAAAUAUUCUAUAGCAAAAAUUGCACAACAGUUUUCAAUAUUGAUCUUAUCAUCAUCCUUAGACAUCAGCCUCAGUGACUCCAUUCAGCCUACUGGUCAGCUAAAUAUACAGACCAAUCAAAACACUUUAUUUCUAAUCUUAACUUUUAAUUGAAUCUAAGUUGCUCAUUAAAUAGGGCGCUGGUUAAUUGUCUUACAGAAACCAUACAAUACGUCUAUAAAUAAUAUGUUUUAUUAUUUGUUAAUAUGUUUUGUCCGUUUGCAUUAUAUAUACUAUUAAAAAUAUGUUCUCAUUUGAGACAAGGCUUAAGUAUUUCUGGAAUUUCGAGGUAUUGUAAUUUAAAAGUCGAUACUUUUGAGAUGUUAAUAAGUUGAUAUUGAAUUGAUAUCUAUACAAUAAAUGUAUAAAUCAUACUGAAAUGUUGCUAUGGAAGGGAUUGACAACUACGUCACUUAAUUCUGCCAUGUGUAACACGAAAUACACAUUAUC